UAUUGACGCCUGACAACACUGACUACAAUAAAAAAUAAGUAAUUGUAUGGUUUAAUCUUGUGCCUCGUCUGCAAGAUACGGUCUUUAGUUGCGAAAAUAAAAUCACUGCAUAGUUUCUUGUGAGUGUCCACAUACAGUUGGGUUGAAAUUAUCAAACUUACUAUCUAAUUUAAAAAAUUGACACCAUUCAUAAAACAAAACUUUUAGCUGUGUAAAUUAUUAGAUUUUUUAAAAUUCAAAAAAUGGAGGACGAUCUUCCUUCUAAGUACGAAGUCAUCGUAAUAGGCACUGGUAUGACAGAAUCUAUUGUUGCAGCAGCAGCAAGUCGUAUUGGCAAACGUGUACUUCAUUUAGAUGGAAAUGAUUAUUAUGGUGGAAUGUGGGCUUCAUUUACAUUUGAAGCUCUUCAAAAAUGGCUUAAUGAAUGUCAAAGUGGUAAAACAUUAGAAAAUUCAAAAGAGUCAACAUCUUUAAUCUGUGAAAAAGAAAAGGCUGUUUCUAUUGGCAAUCAAUUUUCUACAGUGUUUAAUAUUGAAGAAAAAUGGUUUAUUCCUGAAAAACUUCCAUCAAAUUGUAAUUUUCAAAGUGCUAAAAUUACUCAAACUGAAGAAAGUCCUAAAGAAAAUAAAGACGGAGAAAUUGAGUCUGAAACUACAUUAAAGCAAAAUGAUAAACUUUGGUGUCAGGAAAAAAUUAAAAGUUUAGGUCGUAAAUUCAAUAUGGAUUUAGCACCUAAACUUUUGUUCUCGCGUGGUACAUUAGUAGAACUUCUAAUUUCAUCAAAUAUAUCGCGUUAUGCUGAAUUUCGUUGUGUUAAUCGUAUUUUGACAUGGCUUGAUAAUAAAUUAGAAACUGUUCCUUGUUCUCGUGCUGAUGUUUUUGCUACUAAAAAUGUUAGUCUUAUAGAAAAACGACAACUUAUGCAACUUUUAACUUUAUGUGUGGAAUACAAACCAGAAUGCGAUGAGUUUAAAGGAUUUGAAGACAAAACCUUGAAAGAAUAUCUAGAAAACAAAAAAUUAACUAAAAAUUUAAUGCAUUAUGUCUUGUAUGCUAUUGCUAUGUCUAAUGAUAAAACACCAUGUAUGAUUGGAGUUGAGAGAACUCAACGAUUUUUAAGUAGCCUUGGUCGUUAUGGAAACACUCCAUUUUUAUGGCCUAUGUAUGGAACUGGUGAAUUACCUCAAUGUUUUUGUAGAUUAUGUGCUGUAUUUGGUGGUGUAUAUCACCUCAAACGUGCAGCUAAUAGUAUUGUUGUAUCAGAUAAUCAAUGUAAGGCCAUUAUAUCAGAUGGAUCAAGACUUGAUUGUGACCAUUUAGUCUUGGGUGUUUCUGACGCUCCUCCUGAGUUUUUAGGUGCAGCACCAAAGGCUGGACUUUCAAGAGGCAUUUUUAUCAUUGACAGGUCAAUAUCUACAAAUGAUAAAGAGUCAUUAACAUUGUUGCAAUUUCCUAUUAAAGGAAAGGAACCUAUUACUAUAAUUGAAGCAGGUCCAUCAACACAUGUCUGUCCUCCAGGACUGUACAUACUUCACAUGACUACAAGACAAGUAGAUAAUGCUUUUAAUGAUUUAAAACCAGCAGUUGAUAAAUUAUUACAUUGCGAUUUUGCUGAUGGAACAACUACCAGAAUUGAUACCGAUACCCAAUCUACUCAAACACCUAAAGAAAAAGAUACCACUGCAUCCAACACGAAGUUAAAUGAUCAAGCUAAUAUUUUAAAACCUCAGUUAUUGUAUUCUCUAUAUUUUAACUGUCCAGAAACUUCAGAGUAUGAUUUAUCACGUAAUGUUCCCAGUAAUGUUCAUCUAUGUUCAGGUCCUGAUUUAGAAAUAGACUAUGAAUUUGCUGUUAAACAAGCCAAAACUAUUUUUUCGUCCAUGUACCCUAAUUCAGAGUUUUUACCUCGAGCACCUGAUCCAGAAGAAUUAUCUCUUGAAGUUGAUGAAGCUGCUGGGCCUCCAUUCCAAGGAACUGAAGAACCCAAAGAAGAAUAAUUUAAAUAACAUGAAUUCUGAGUUAAAAAAAAUGUUAUUUUAAGUUUUUAAAUGUAUGAUGUUUCAAAAUAGUCUCUCUUUUUCCCUAUUUUGUUUUUCAACAUACUUUUAUUCUUUCCAUUCCAAUAAAGAAUUUUCGUUUAUUA